GUACUGAAUAAAACAUAUUUUUUUUGUUUUUAAUCAUAACUUUCCCAAAAACCAUCUCUUCCAUCGCUAGCUGUACCGGUUUCAAUCUCAAAUCCUGGGAAUUGAAAUUUGUUUCUCUGUCGGAGAAUCAUCAUCGACUUCUCUGCUACUUCUCUCCGCGCUCUCCUUCGUCGUCGUCGAUCUCUUCAGCUUCACCGAUCUCAUUUCCAAUCCUGAAAAAUCGAUGUGGUACUGAUCUACGAUUGUGCUCCGUUGGUAGCCUUAUGAAUUAGGGUUUUUCUUACGCAUCUUCGUAUGUGGAGAUUGGAUCGUGUUCGGAAAACUUCUGGACACUGUCUUCGCUGCUAGAUUUUUGGAUCAUCCUUUUGCGAAAAUGGCAGCGCCAAGGCCGACUGGAGGCCAGGAUCUGUUCGAUACGUAUUUCAGGAGAGCAGAUUUGGAUGGAGAUGGUCAUAUUAGUGGAGCUGAGGCUGUCGCUUUCUUCCAGGGAUCGAAUUUGCCUAAACAUGUCCUUGCUCAGGUAUGGUCCUAUGCAGAUUCAAAAAAAGCCGGCUACCUUGGCCGAGCGGAGUUUUAUAAUGCUCUAAAGUUGGUAACAGUGGCACAAAGUAGACGAGAGUUGACUGCUGAGAUAGUAAAAGCUGCAAUUUAUAGUCCUGCUUCAGCCAAUAUCCCUGCACCCAAAAUAAAUCUUGCUGCAACACCUUCUCCACAGCCCAGAGGAGUUUUGCCUGCUACACAAGCUCAGGGAGUUACAUCAAUGCCAUCAGUAGCGGCUGGUGUGAGAGGGCCUCACAUGGGUGGAACUGUAAGCACUAGUAACCAACAAGUAGUCCCAGGCCAACAGAACCAGUUUACUGGGAUACCUCCAUCUCAGACACAGCAAAACUUUCAAAGCCCGGGAAUGCCAGCUGGAGGGACUAAUGCACCUCGUCCUGCAAACCAACCUAUGCCAUCUGAUUGGCUCAGCGGCAGAAGUGUUGGUCCCUCUGGGAACGUGAAUUCUCAAAUUCCUUCGAGUCAGAGUACAUAUGGUUUGACAGCACCUAAUUCAACUGCCAACCAUAUAACAAAACCACAUAUAACACCUGCAGUAACAAGCUCUACAACAACCAGACCCCAAGAGUCAGCGCCUGUGCACAAUCCCCAAGAAUCAUCUGCUACUUUCGGUUCUCGUGUAUCAAAUGUUCCAUCCAAUCAAUUGGUGCCCAAGGAUCCCAAGGAACUGGCUGCAUCAGGAAACGGGUUUACCUCUGACUCACUUUUCGGAGAUGUCUUUUCAGUUACUUCCACGCAGCCAAAACAACAUCCUACGGGAAGUGCAUCAACAACAGGCAUCUCAUCGGUUACUACUGGAACUGUCGCGGGCCCUGAGAUCACACAGUCUGUAGUUAGGCAAAGUUCAAUCCCACAACAGGGUUCAUUGAGCCAGCAUGCUGUUGGUGUUCAGACCCAGCUUACUGGAAACUCAGGGCAACCAUAUACUUCCUCAGGUGCGGCUUCUGGUCCACCUGGCUCUACUGUUGGAGUUGGAAUUUCAGCUACCAGUCAGUUGGCCCAGCGUCCGCCCCACCCCCACUCUCAACCACAACCCCGGCCCCAGGGCCAGUCCCAACCUCCUUGGCCAAAAAUGACUCCAGCUGAUGUCCAGAAAUAUACCAAGGUUUUUGUGCAAGUUGACACUGAUAGGGACGGAAAGAUCACAGGGAACCAGGCUCGGAAUUUGUUCUUAAGUUGGAGGCUUCCAAGAGACGCUUUGAAGCAGGUAUGGGAUUUAUCUGAUCAAGAUAAUGACAGCAUGCUCUCCUUGCGGGAGUUCUGUAUUGCGGUCUAUCUUAUGGAGCGUUACAGAGAGGGCCGACCACUUCCCCCAGUGUUCCCAAGCUCUAUAAUACAUAGUGAGAGCAUGUUCACCUCUCCUGGUCAAUCUGUGGCACCACAUGGCAAUGCAUCCUGGGGACAUCCUCAAGGGUUCCAACAGCAACCACAUCCUGGGGGCUUAAGGCCACCAGCUGGUCCCAAAGGAAAGCCUCCGAGGCCAGUGCCUCUGUCUCCUAGUGAUGGAAUGGUCCAGCCCACUCAGCCAAAGCGUAAAAUGCCUGUGUUAGAAAAACCGCUGGUGGAUCAACUUAGCAAAGAGGAGCAGGAUUCACUCAACACGAAGUUUGAAGAAGCAACUGCUGUUGAUAAAAAGUUUUCUUUUUUCGCAUUUUCUAUCCGAAGAUAUCUUUUACCCCUUCCAUAUGGCAUUUAUAUGAAAUAUUUGUGGAUUUGCGUAGCCAUAGUGGAUGAACUCGAAAAAGAAAUAGCUGAUUCCAAGCAGAAAAUUGAUUUCUUCCGUGCUAAGAUGCAAGAACUUGUUUUAUACAAGAGCAGAUGUGACAACCGGUACAAUGAGAUCGCAGAGAGAGUCUUGGGUGAUAAACGUGAGCUUGAAUCUCUAGCAAAAAAAUACGAGGAGAAAUACAAGAAGUCUGGCAAUGUGGGCUCUAAAUUGACUAUUGAAGAGGCCACAUUCCGUGAUAUACAGGAGAAGAAAAUGGAAUUGUACCAGGCAAUAGUCAAAUUUGAAGAAGGCAAACUUGAUGAUAGUAUAGUUAAGCGCACUGAACACAUCCAGUCAGGCCUUGAGGAACUGAUAAAAAAUUUGAAUGAGCGCUGCAAACAAUAUGGAGUACGUGGGAAACCCACUUCUCUGGUUGAGCUUCCUUUUGGUUGGCAGCCUGGAAUCCAGGAAGGUGCUGCUGAUUGGGAUGAAGAUUGGGAUAAGCUAGAGGACGAAGGGUUUACCUUCGUCAAGGAGCUUACACUUGAUAUUCAAAAUGUCAUAGCCCCACCAAAGGAAAAAUCAUCAGCGUGGAGAAAAGAAGUUGAUGUCUCUUCAAAAGAAGGUGAAGAUGUUUCAUUCUCAGAUGCUGACUCUAAAACGGGGAAAAAGCAAAGCAGUGGUGAAGAAGAUUCUGAGCAGUCAGAGGGUAAAACAUCCGAUGUUGAUGCCAGAGAUAAAAACGGAUCUCUGGAUGACUCUAAAGUUAGAAAGGGCAUUGAAGCUGAUAGUUCACCUCGAACGAAAGAUACGAGGAGUGAAAAUGGCCAUGAUGAUGGUGAAUCUACUGCUUCUGCUGGCAAAACUGUAAAUUAUGACUCUCACGACGAGACAGAUUCAGUUUCAAGCGUCAACCCUGACAACGGCAAGGACAAGGAUCAUGGGAAGUAUGACAGUGGUUUUGGAUUUGGAUUUGGGUUUGAUGACUUCAGUAUUAAGCCUAUAAAAACUGGUUCGACCAUUUCAAAUGACUUCCUCCCUCCUAAGUUAUCUAUAUUUGCUGAUUCCGUCCCAAGCCCACCGGCAAAUGCAAGCGACGUUUCCCCUACAAAACCUUCUUUGUUUGCUGAUUCAGUUCCGAGCACUCCAGCGACGAACAAUGCCUCUUACCCAGGCCAGAAAUCAUUUUUUGAUGACUCGGUCCCGAGCACUCCUGCUUAUCCAGGCAACUUGUUUGCUGAGAAGAAAUCCUUCUUUGACGACUCUGUCCCGAGCACCCCUGCUUAUCCAGGCAACUUGUUUGCCGAGAAGAAAUCCUAUUUCGAUGACUCUGUCCCGAGCACUCCUGCUUAUAGCACGUCUGAUUUUGGUGGGAAGCCAUUUGCAUCAGAGACUCCUCGUUCAGACAACCUGUUCCCAGGAAGAAGCCCCUUUAUGUUCGACUCUGUCCCAAGUACACCCGCCGCACACGAUGACUUCUCUAACAACAGCUUCUCCCGCUUCGAUUCAUUCAACAGCAACAACAACGAUGCUUUCUCUCUAUCCCGCACAGACUCGAUGCGCAGCACAAGCGAGCCUGACCCAUUCGCAUCAAGGUUUGAUUCUUUCAACUAUCAAAGAUAUGAUUCCUUCAAUGCACAAAGCUAUGAUUCCUCUAGCAACAACAAUGCAUCGGAGACGCCUAAAGCCUCAUUGACAAGAUUCGACUCAAUUGGAAGCACCAGGGACUCUGAUUACAGUCAUGGGUUUGGGUUCGACGACCAUGACCCGUUCGGUUCUACAGGACCAUUCAAAACAACGACAACUACAGCAGAGACACCUCGGAGUUCUGAUAAUUGGAAUGCUUUCUAGCCAGAAGCCCACGUGCGAUAUGAAUAUGAUCACAUAUCAUAUACUUUGCUGCUUUUAUAGUUUGAAUUUACCAGUCGAAGAGUUAUAUGUAUCUUCAUUUCUUUGGUUUCACCUGCUUGCUUCAUUUUUUAUUGUUAAUAUAUAAUAGUCUUUUUUGCCAUUUUUUCUUUUAAGGAUUUUUCGAAGAGUGUCCUUUGUUGGUCUCUGCGUAGUGUUUCUUUUUAUUUGUGUCUUUGUUUGUUAACUUGAAUAAUGAAUUAUUAUUUGUCCCUGUGAAAACUUCUAUUGUAUCUUUGUAAUCGUAUGGAUACAUUUCAGAUGUUGUUAUAUUAGAUUGAUUGGUAAUUUUGGG